CUCAGGACACUGAAAAUAGGAUUCAGUAAUUCAAGUAAGGCUGUGGCUGAGAUUAACUGUUACUGCUAUUCUAGCCUCAAGAAAUUUUGACGGAUUGUCAGCUUUCAAGGUUCUCACACAUAAUGGACCUAGAAACAAUACCGUUUUGCCAAGAAUACCUAGCACAAAGAGGUACAAUAGUGAAACCAUAUUACUGGCUAACAAUGAGCCAAAACUGUACUAAAUGUCCUUAUCAUAUACAAACAGGGGAAGUAGCACGAGUUCCCUACACAGAAUUUCAAAAGGCUUUUGGAUUCCCAUAUGGGCCAACGGAUUACCAAAAUAAACACCUUCUCUUUUAUGAGUUGAGACAUGUAUCAAGUAAAUUAAUUCAAAAGGGCCAAGUUACAAACUGUGAAGAAUACAACAUCCAUCCAGAAUCAAUGCUAUUUGAAAUGAAUGGUUAUCUAGACUCAGUUGUACACAAUUGGGGGAACAUUGCAUGUAUAAUUCUUUAUUCAAAUUAUUCUCCUUGUAAUGAGGCAGAGCAUGGGUGCAUAAGCAAAAUUUAUAGUUUUUUAAUGAAGCAUCAAGACAUCACACUCUGCAUUUAUUUCUCACAGCUGUAUCACACGGAGGAGGAUUUCCCCGUGUCCACCUGGAAUUGUGAAGCCUUGCAGAGCCUUGCUAGCAUGUGGCCUCAAGUGACACUGAAUCCCCUCUGUGGUGGACUUUGGCAUUCCCUCCUCUCUAAUUUUGUGCAUUCUACGCCACAAGCAAGAUUCUACCACCCCAUUUUACCUAUAAGAACCCUGGCUGAUAAAAAAAACGCAACACAAAUUCGCAGUAUAACAGGAAUGAAAUUGCCUUUUGUUAACACCUUGUCUCAGCCAAUUUAUGGAACUUCAAGUGCUGCACCAAGUUUGCCAAACUAUUACUUAUCAACUUCAAACUACCCAGCACAAGUGACAAAUAGCAGAUUGCCUCCAAUGGGAAUGCCACCAUUUCAUUUCACACCUCCUAUUAAUACUUUGCCACCUUUAUACAAGAAACCUAGAAACAUUGUCAGACAUGUAAACAUGCUAAAUGAGUCAUUAAGCAAAUUAAUACCAAAGGAAAGAUCUCUUCACAGGAGAGAAAUCAUUACUGAAUAACUUUCAAACAACAAAUUUGCAGAGCUUGAAGGCUAUAGAAAGAAAAAGGAUUAAAUUCACCUCAUAUAAAAUUGGAGUGCAGGACUGGACAAUUCAUAGGAAGGAAUAGAUACAGCAGUGACUUAAGAAUAUGGAGAAGAACAUGAACAUUUCCCCCCAUAUGUAAUUUUUAUAUUGGAAAAAGACAUGGAGUAUCAACUGCCAGCAGCCGAAGAAAAGAUGGCAAAGCAAUCUUUUGAUUUUUCUAGCAGAUUCAUUUACAGUAACAGCAGCAAAGCAAUGGCCAACUAUGAAGGUUGUUUCUCAAACUGAUAAGAAUUUUUAAGUGACCAUUUACCUAAAAUCAGAGUAUAGAUCCUCUGUUCCCCCUCCCCAAAUCCGAGAAAUCAACCUUGCCAUACCACAACGAAGCUUUGAAAAAAUGAAUCCUAAUGAGUUCCUAAUGUACAAAUAUUAAUUUUUAUUCUAAAGAGAAGAGUUAAUGUGGUUCAAUCUUGUAACAUUUUUACUUUCAAUUAAGUUUGCCUAUGAGAAUUCUGCUUGGAAAAACCUUUACAUUUGUUUCAAGCAGCUGUCACAGCUUAGAAAGUAACCUUCUGUUUUCAAUUUCAAUAAGAAAAUUUAUUUCAGGCCAAAGAUACCAUUUGAUGUUAUGUUGAUGGAUGCAUUAAAAUAAAAUGGGCAGAAUUAAGACAAAAACAUAGCUGAGGUGAGGGCAACUCUCAAAAAAAGAAGAUAAGAAAAAAUAGUAUGGCUCAAGUGGUGUUUUUUUAUGUUUGUUGUAAAUUUGCCAUC